AUGGCUUCCAAAUCCGUCGUCGUUUUCUUCUUCCUCGCUCUCAUGGCGUCCUCCGCCGUUGCUCAAGCUCCGGGACCAGCUCCGACCAGAUCUCCCCUCCCAGCUCAAUCUCCAAGAGCAACCGCACCAGCACCAUCACCCGUAACCGAUUCACCUUCUCCAGCUCCUACCACCGCUCCGGUUAGUCAGCCGCCGACUGAAUCUCCUACCUCCACCGCCUCUCCGCCAGCUCCUCCGACUGCUUCCACCCCCACAGGAGCUCCGAGCACAACUCCCUCUGGAGAAGCCGGACCUGCUCAGUCGCUAUCUCCCCCAACCGACUCUCCGAACGCUGCUUCAGUCAGUAGAGUCGCCGUCGCCGGAACAUUCGUCGUGGUGGUCGCCGCUUUGUUGAUGUAG